CUAAACUACAAACCGUAAAAUAAACGAAAGAUAAUAACACGUCGGAUUUAACUAUUAUUUUAAACUGUUUUCUCUCUCUCCUGGACUUACUCAGUGCAAUGGCUUUUCCUCUGAAAGAUGAUUUAGGAAGAGCUAAGGACUGCUGGGGCUGCCCCUCUGAUACCCCAGCACUUUCCACUUGCAGCAAUGCUGACAUAUUCCGCCGAAUUAACGCCAUGCUAGACAAUUCCCUGGAUUUCACUGGUGUCUGCACCACCCCCAGUUCCAAGGGCAAAUGUGACCACCUGCAUGACUUCCCAGAUACAGAGGGAGCUGCUACAAGCAGGAUGCUGUUCCCCUCCUCGCACGACCCUCCUCCUCGCGGCCUUCCCGACACAAACGACUUGUGCCUUGGUCUGCAAUCUCUUAGCCUGACUGGCUGGGACAGACCCUGGAGCACUCAGGACACAGAGGCUGCCGGACAGUCCAGCUCUCACUCAGCUGCUCAAUCAGUUUUCAGCAUGUUGAACAGCCCUCUGGGAAAGCCGCCACCUCUAGGAUUCAUGCCCUUGGAUCCUAUUGGUUCGGACCUCGUUGAGAAGUACUCUAACCCACUGCUUCGUGGUUCCCGCUUGGAUAGUCGUUCCAUUUUAGAUUCCCGCUCCAGCAGCCCAUCAGACUCUGACACUAGUGGGUUCAGUUCUGGCUCAGACCACCUUUCAGACCUAAUUUCCAGUCUUCGCAUCUCGCCCCCUCUGCCAUUUCUCCCCCUGGGAAGUGGAGUGUCGAGGGACCCUCUGAAGCUGGGGCUUGGGUCAAGGCUUGAGCAGGAACAUGCUGCCCUAGCUGCAGCUACUGCAUCCCCUAUGGGGAUGUCCAAGAGAUGGCCAGCAACUUCAGUCUGGCCCUCCUGGGAUCUUCUGGACUCCUCAGAUGACCCAUUCAGCAUUGAAAGGGAGGCACGACUUCACAGACAAGCAGCAGCUGUGAAUGAGGCUACGUGCACAUGGAGUGGACAGCUUCCCCCUCGUAACUACAAGAACCCAGUCUACUCUUGCAAAGUUUUCCUUGGUGGUGUUCCCUGGGACAUAACAGAAACUGGCCUAAUUAAUACUUUCCGUGUAUUUGGGGCUCUGAGUGUGGAGUGGCCUGGUAAGGAUGGCAAGCACCCCCGCUGCCCUCCCAAAGGUAAUAUGCCUAAAGGCUACGUUUAUCUUGUUUUUGAAUCUGAAAAAUCUGUUCGUGCUUUACUACAAGCCUGCACACAGGACCUCUUGAGCCAGGAUGGACUAAGCGAACACUACUUUAAAAUGUCUAGCCGUAGGAUGCGCUGCAAGGAGGUGCAAGUCAUUCCUUGGGUUCUGGCAGACAGCAACUUUGUGCGCAGCCCAUCACAAAGACUUGACCCCAGUAAAACUGUGUUUGUGGGGGCUUUGCAUGGCAUGCUAAAUGCUGAAGCUCUUGCUUCCAUCAUGAACGACCUGUUUGGUGGCGUGGUCUAUGCUGGUAUCGAUACAGACAAGCACAAGUAUCCAAUUGGAUCUGGACGUGUGACUUUCAACAACCAGCGUAGCUAUCUGAAGGCUGUGAGUGCAGCAUUUGUUGAAAUAAAAACUGCCAAGUUUACAAAGAAGGUUCAAAUAGACCCUUAUCUGGAAGACUCAGUUUGCCAGGUCUGCAAUUCUCAGCCUGGUCCUUUCUUCUGCAGAGACCAGGUUUGCUUCAAGUAUUUCUGCCGCUCCUGCUGGCAUUGGCAACACUCAAUGGAGAUCCUGCGUCACCACCGCCCACUCAUGCGUAACCAGAAGAGCCGUGACUCCAGCUAAAGGCAUGGUGAAAUUCAUGACCACAGUUGAGAUGAGUUUCUGCUGCUGGACUCGUGGGAAAGGCAGAAAGCGUCCAGUUUCCCUCCCUCCACCAUUGGGAGCACUUGUAUUAUUUUUU